GUUUGGAGGGGGCGGGGCAGAGACAUGGCGGCGUCGCUGGUCACCAACUGUCGGCUGGUGCUCGCGCGCCAUUGUUACCGCUCGCUCGGCUGCCAGCGGAGGAGAUGGCAGGGAGGCGCCGCGCGGCCGCUCGCCAGAGCCCCGGCGAGGAGGAGCGAGCCGCCGAGCCGGCGGUUACUGGCCACCGGGGCCGGGUCAGCCAGUUCAAAUGAUAAAGUGACGAUUUAUUUUAUUAACCGAGAUGGAAUGAAGCUUACGGCUGAAGGAAAUCUUGAAGAUUCUUUAUUAGAUGUAGUCGUUAAUAACGACUUGGAUAUUGACGGUUUUGGUGCUUGUGAGGGAACUUUGUCAUGCUCUACCUGUCACCUGAUAUUUGAAGACGAUAUCUUCAAGAAACUGGAACCCAUCGUAGACGAAGAAAUGGAUAUGUUGGAUCUAGCCUUUGGUCUCACUGAUACUUCUCGUUUGGGCUGCCAGAUCUGCAUUAAGAAGUGGAUGGAUGGAAUGACUGUAAAAGUACCUCAGGAUAUCUCUGAUGCUAGACAACAUAUGGACAUUGACACAAACUCCUAAAUAUAAACAUGGAAAUCCACAUAUUUUAUAGAAAAGUUCAUUUUUCUUCAAUAAUCAAAGUAUAAUUAUGUAGUAAAUCAAUACAACCAAGCUGAGUAUACUGGAUACAUUGUAUGCAUUACAAACUAGCUAAAUACACCAGAUAUGUUGAUAGAUUCUUUUUGUUUUUCUAUUUGUUCUUUUGUUCCGUUUUCCAAUGUACUGCUUAAACUCUUUACCUGUGGAAUUGCUAUGCACAACAUGUAUAUUCAAAGAAAAUAAUGAGUAUUGGUUUGUAUGAAAUGAGAAUCGAUAAAAUUUUAACUAUAUGUGGAUUAGUGACCCUUUAAAGUACUGGAAUUUUAGGCUUGUAGAUGAAAAUACGGUCUUUGCAACCAGUUUCAGCCAAAACAUUUUUUGAGAGCACAAUCAAAUUGUCUACUAUAAUAUAUAUUUUAGCUGCACUCACAUUGUUGAACUUAGAGUACUAGAGACACUUGAUAAACUCAUAGUUCUUAUGAGUAUUUUAAGAUGUUAAGAUUACUUUUCAGUCUCAGAACUUUCAAAUUUUUCUAUACCAUAUAAAAAUAUAUUUUACUUAAUUAUUUAAUAAAUGAUUUAAUUGGGAAUUUUCAUAUUUGUAUUUUAUCCAACUGCAUUAUACUGUAGAACGUAAUGCCAUACGUGCCCAUAUCUGAGAUCUAUCAUCUGUUCAUAUAGCGCUUUUUUUUCUUUAACCAGGAAAAUUAUUUUUUAAAAGGAAUCAUUUUUGUAGCAUGAUAAAUUAAUUUGGAAAUUCAAGAGUCAACAAUCCAUUAUAGAUACCAGUUGACAUUAUAUUCAUACCGUUUCAAAGUUUCACUCAAUUCCAUCAGUGAGACUUGGUGCAUAAACUGAACAAACAAAUAUUUAUUUUUCUUAUGGCAUAAAGUUGCUGUUUGUAAUUCUGGUCCUUUCAGAAACUGAUUCCCAAAUCACAAGUAUAAUCACUAUCUGAAAGUUCAUAGUACAGUAUUUUAGUUUUUGCCAUUGUAAUUUUACAUUGCAGGAAGAGCUGAGAUCUGACCUUGUGCACACAAAGUACCAAACUCUUAAAAAUUAUUUGAAAUUUUUUUUCUCCGCAAAAUAACAUUUCUUUACUGAUUCUUUCCAAAAGCCAUGCUGAGUUUAAUGCUGUGGGACCAAUUAAAAACAAACCGAUGCACAAUCUUUUCUGAACAGAUUCUAAAUCAUCCAUGCCACAUUCCUCUUCAGUACAGCAGCAUUUCCAAACUACUGGAGAUAGUUAAAGGGGAGCAAUGUUUUCCUCCUUGCAAUCGCCUAUCAUUCUCUUUCAGAUGCUCAUUGGUGCGUUUCCAGUUUUCUGUUUCAGAAUUCUGUCAUUAGUAAGGUGUUUCAGGGUUAUUUAACACCGUCUUUGGGGUUGGAGGAGAGACAGAGAAGCAAGAUGUUUUAAUUUUCAAACUGCUUGUAGACUUGCAAUCCUUACAUUUGCAACAUGCCUCUUAUGUUUCAUUCUAUUCUGAGGAAUGUUGUGUGACGAUGUGUUAGGUAAAUGGGAAUAGUGUUGUGCAACCCUUUUCUCCCCAUCUCCAGAGAUUUGUUGCCCUCUUUGAGAAUCAUGGCACAUAUUUUUCACCAUCUAUUCUCAACAAGUAAUCACUUCAACUUGUAAUUUUUUUCAUGGCUUACAUUUUAUUCCCCUUUUUUUCUUUAGGCUGUGGCCAGAUUGGAUGGUGAUAAUGCUCUCGUACAUUUUAUUGUUUCAGGAUUGCAAGUUCAUGAUUGAUGAAUUAUACUUACAAAGUGUUCUUGGUACCUGAGAUCCACCUAGCAAGGGCUCAAAUCUGCAUUUGUCGGAUGCUUAUGUCCAACUAGUGACUAUACUCCUUAGGGACAUAACUAUGGGGUUUCAUUGAGGCUGAAUCAGCUCAAAGAUGAGGUGCAUGGUGAUAGAUUAUCAGAAUCAAUUUGAUCGCCUAUGUUGGUCUCGGUAGUCCAUUUCCCGAACCAGUCAGGUCUAAGUCCUCCCCACAUGAAGGAUGCUAUAUAAAUGCAAAUUGUUGUCUACAAGACAGGAUUGAUGACAUAGCAGCCAAACUGGCUCCAACAGGUCUUGGAGAAACAGACCAAUCACAGGGUGUGGUAUUAUUCCCAGUCAGCUCCUGUUAAUUCUGUGUGCCAAAGUCUUAAAGGGUAGGGUGAUCCUUGCUGAGCAAACAGCAGGAAGCCUGUCAAGUGUUUUGCAGUGGCAAGCUGCACUGUUUUAGCUUGUUAGUACCUCCAUGUACACUCGGGAUCCCUAAGCCUUGGCUCUUGCUGUUCUUUGCCUAAAUUCUUUGGGAUAAGAUAAGCAGGAAGAAUCCCUCUGGAUAGAGUGCACACUCCAUACCAGACAAACUAUACUUAGUAGUUGGUUAGAAGAUUCGUAAGUGGGGUUUCUACAUGUGUCAGACACUCAGCUGACCCGAAAAAAAUCUUCACUUAUCCCUAAAGGUAAUGUUUUAUCCAAGAGUUAGGUUCACAAUUGCUUGGGUGAUGAAGGCAAAAUCACAACAGAGACAAAUCUGGAUUGUCCAAAAGUCUGGUAUGUAUGCUGACUACCACAGUAUUACAAUCUGACUAGCAAAUUGAUUGAAAAUUAUAGCUGCAAUUGAAAUUGACAGACUUCUGAUCAGAAAUACUAUAAUGCGAAAAUUGUUUGACACAAGUGUGACCUUUUUGAAAAUUGAUGCCUACGUUCUAAAUUAGGUAUGAUCGCUUUUCAGCUUCAUACCAAAUACCAGCUAUGUAACUUUCAUAACAAAUAAAGCAUACAUUUAAUGAUA